AUGACGUCUUCAUUAUCAUUGUCAACAACACCUUGUACUUCAUGUGAUUAAAUCAUAUCAAAAGAAUUGCAUGAUCUCGCUGAACAAUUAAGAAAAGCUCGAGUAGAUGAUGAUUUUAUUGAAACUGAUCUUCAUGAACGAUUUGAAAAAUCUAUUGGUAAUGUUUGCAUUGCAGAGGAUGGUCAUUUAGCUUAUCAUAUUGGACCACAGAGAGAUCGUGCAUUUGUUAUUUCAUCGGGCAAAUAUAAAAUUCGAUUUAUAAUGAAUAAGAAAAAUUCAAAAUUUGUUAUGUCGUUUAAUGUCAUCUCAAAAUAUACUUCCAUACAUAAAAAUGAAUUUGAACUAGGAAAAUCAAGUUAUGGUUGGUACAGUGAUGGUGAUACUUGUUGUGGUGGUGUUGAUUUACUACCCAAUAAAGACAAACGUGAUAUGCAAGGUGAAACAACAUUUGAAAUCGAAUUGUUCCUCGACUGUGAUAAUCAAAAGAUAAGUUAUUUCAAUGAACGAACGAAAAAUAGACGAGAAAUGAAAAUUAAUCUUACAAAGUGUCCACUUCCUUGGCAAUUACUUUUUUAUUUAUAUGAUGUUGAAGAUUCUGUUCGAUUUUUAUCUUCAAAACAAUUACUUUGA